CACUAACAGAGGUCCUUCCACCACCUAGCAGCGUAACACUGAACUUCUACCCAUAAUUCAAUGCAUCACCACUAGAUGUCAUCGAUGAGACAGAAAUGAACCAAUCUUUGAAAAACCUGAGCGGUUUACAUAAUCCUUAUGCAGUUAACAUCUCAAUCACCGAAUUAAGAGCUGACUAUACAUGAAAGCAUCAAGGCUAUACUUUCUUUGUGUCCGUGUUCUCAUUUCGACGAGCAGGUGCAAGGAACAUAUGGGGCGAAGUUAUGGGGAAUCGCUAUGGAAACAUGCACGAUGCUUCGUAUAUUGAACGAACGUCACAUUUUCAAGCUAAACGUGAUAUGUCAAUGAGUGUUCAUAAUCAGAAUUUGGAUAGAAAGCAUGACGCGUCGAAAAAAAUGGCUUUCGUUGAAAGAGAUCUUUAUUUGAAGCCAUUGUUGAGACUGAAGCAGCAAGAAGAUGUCUUGGAGAAGGCACUUGCCGCUGCCGUUGAAAAUAUUAAAUUAAAUUCGAAUUCGUGGCGGGAUGUCGUUCGGGAGUACAAAGAAAUGACAAUGAAGAGACAAAAUUUGUUCAAUGCAAUGUAUAAAAGCAUGGAGAACAUCAGCACAGAAAUGGAGUCCAUUAAAUACAUCGCUACUCAUCCUGAAGAGAUAAAAAAUCUAGAUGUAAAUACAUACAAACUAAAAUUGAUCAAACUUUCGCAAAAAAUGCAGGAUUUGAAGAAAUCUUGCUGCGUACAGUCUCUGCUGGAGGAGCAGGCAGUUAUCGAGUCUGAAUUACGCGAAUUUCAGCCGAACCUGCAAAAAUACGAGAAUAUUCAGAAGAGUGUAUCUCAAUCUGCAUUGUAUGCAAGCAGAACGGAGAACAAAAAGGAAAACCAAGAUUACAAGGACGUUCACGAUUUUCAUGCACUGGUUGCACUAACGGGGCACACAGGAACCUGGAACAUGGAGGACCAUUUAUUCUUCCUAAAAACGCGGAAAAAAUGCGAGAACAUUCCAGCUUUAGUUGCAGCUGUUCAAAAGAAAUAUCCAGAUUUGUCCGCGGAGGCUGUAGUGAACCACGAAUCAUGGUACAAACAAUACGAACAUUUGCGCGAAAAGCAGAGAGCGGCGGUGAAAGAAUGGCGGGAGCGAAAAGAGCAAGAGAAAAUGAGAAACAUCGAGCGAGUGGAAAAGAGCGUGGAUUUUCACGAAUUGGAGGAUGUCGCUGACAAAGAGAAAAUCGCUGUAUCAAGAAAAGUAAAAAGCUGUCCGGUAGAAACUAGAAGAACAAACGGAAGCGCGGACUCAAACGCGAGCGAGAAGAAAGAAUUGAUUAGAAAAUGGCGGAUGGAGAGGGACAGCAAGCGUUCGAUGGACGAGGAACAAUUAAGAAUGCAGGCGAAGCUGAAGCGGGAAAUGGAAGAGAACAAGAGGCAGAAACGACGGGAGAAGAUUCAGGAAGCAUUGGAACAAUAUAGACGGAAGAAAUUUCUUGAAGAUUCAAGGGAAGAGGGGCAGCCGGAGAGGAAAUACGAUGCAACGUUGAUUAAAGCGUUCAGGAAACAGGACGAAGAGUACACAAAGAAAAGAAAAGAUUUAAUCGAGCGUUUGAAAAAGCCGAGCAGAACCGUGGCAAUAAAGAAGAUGGAGCUGGUAGACGCAAGAACUUACUCUACGUUGUUGAACAGCACGAAGGUAUGGAGGGAGAAGUGUAAGGCCAUAAAUUGGUCGAAACAUUCCGACGAUUUGCAUUACAUCAAAGACAUGCCAAGGACAUGUAUCCGAUGGAGGAACGAAGAGUCGGAGGAUUUAAUGAUCUAACCUUAAGAAAGUAAAAUUUACAAUAAUUAAUUGUACAUUCCGUCAUGGUAACUGCUCUGAGAAACGUACAAAAUAUAACCGGAGUUUAAUUAAGAAACAAGUUAACUCCACAGUGUAGAAAUGAUAAAGUAACGAUAAUGAUAUGUCUUGCUACUCCUCCGCUAACUUCUACCUCUAAUAAAUUAAUCAACCGCGAAACGGCGAAGCCUAUAAUAACAAUAUUAUUACAGGUUCAAUUAAUAGCGUAUUUAUUCAAUUCGUCGUGUCACAAUGUAUUUACAGUAGCUUGUACUUACUUCAUGUUUGAAGACGAGUUCUUCAGAGUCGCUUCAUCGCUACAGACGAACAAGAGAUAUUUUGCUAUUAGUUUUGUACUUCGUUUCCAAAGCGACGUAUCAAAUAUUCUCUACAUUAAUUAACAGUCUUCCAAGUGUUCGCGGGGAUGAAAUGAAACGAGAAUCCGGACUGUUCAUAUUCCGAUAGAUUGCGUGCUCCACAUUCUUAAGGUACAUAAUUUAAGGACUAUUUAAUUUACUAAGAUACAUAAUUUGAGAAUUAUUUAAUUUAUUAAGGUACA